AUGAACGGGAUACAGCAGAUAGCUCUUCCAGUUCUGGGGAUUGUAGCUGCUGCAGCUGUUACCUUCUAUGCUGUGAGCUUUGCUGAGCUCAGCGAGAAAUCUUUUAGGGACUUGGACGAGAAAGAUAACGAGAUUGUUGGAUAUAAGCCAUCUCCAAGCUCUAGGGAAAAACGGUCCAGAAGAAAAGCUGAAAAACAAGCCAAAGGUUGA